UGUCAAAAGAUUUCGCUGGUAGUUUAGUUGCUGAUCAUCCCGGCUAUGACGCCAGCAACAAGGAAGUGAAGCUCCAGCAGGAAAAAAAAAUACUUCGCCAAAAAUUGAGAAUAUCACUGAGCAUUCACAUAAAAAAUAACAGUUUAUAUUCACUUGCACCUUCUCCAAGACUGCUGGAGCCUACUCUGGAGAUUUCUAUAUUUUAUCGAAUUUUUCCUGAUUUUCUUCCUGCCGUAUUGUGUGUCCAUCAACCCGCUUUUGCCGCCAAAAGGAUACACUAUCCUCGCCAAGACCGCCGCCCACAACAGUGAAAUUCUCGCUCUCCACCGAAAAACUUAUCACCCAACGAAAUCUUUUUAUCAACUCUUCAACCUUCAACCGCCAACCGCCAACCGCCAACCGCUAACCUCAUCUCCCUCCACCCUACCCCUCGUCCUAGAUCAGAUCAAGCCAUUUACAUCUCCGUAUACCAACAAGAUGGCUACCGCACCCAACACCCUCCUUAUCGAGGGCACGUUUACCGAGCUAGCAGACGAGCUGGCACAGUACAUCGACGCGAUCCGCAAAGUUGAAAAGGGCGUCAAUGCAGAGAUCACACCGGCGCUUGAUGCCCUGCGGGAGAUGGAGCAGACAGAGGAACCCAGUGCUGCGCAGAGCCAGCAGAUUCUGGCAAAGAGAGAUGAGGUCCUGAAGAAAAUUGUUGUGGCUGCGCCUGCUUUGAAUGCGGCUCCUGAGAAAGAAAUCACCGCUGCUUAUAAUCUUCUCAUCCAUCUCAUCCGCCAAUCUUCGUCCGUCAACAUGUUCCUCCCACGCAUCUGUGGAUAUCUCGCCAAACCGCUUACAUCCUCCCCACAGCAUGGCUCAAGCCUGGCUAUCUCAAUCCUUUCUACAAUUUUCAACACCCUCGCGCCACAGGAUACAGGCCGCUAUCAUGUCUUCCUGGCUAUCCUUGCAGUCAUCCGCCAGUCACCCUCAUUAUUUGCAUUUUCUGCCCUGAAAUCACAGCUAAAAACCCAGCUCCCCACAUGGCUGGAAUCCUGGGAUCUUGAUGAGGAGGAUCUCCAACGCCUCCAUAUUGCUAUUUCUGAUGCAGCCAAGGAUGCUGGUGACCAAGAACUUGCACACUCUCACCUGGUCUCUGCUCUACGGGCGAUCCCGCCUUCAGAAGCUUCCUCCACAGAAGCACAUGACCUUGCUCUCCGGGCGUUGCUCUCAGCCCUCACCUCCCCCUCAGUCUUUGAUUUCACCCCCCUUACUGCCUCCGACGCCAUACAAUCCCUACGAACAAGUGAACCUCACCUCUUUGAGCUCCUUGAAAUCUUCGCUGCAGACACCCUAGAUGCGUAUGAGGAUAGCAUAAAAACCACACCUCUAUCUACCAUUCAUAACCUCUCUACAUCCGCUGAGAUCCUUCAAACGAAAAUGCGCCUCCUUACUCUUGCUAGCCUCGCAGCCUCCACCCCAUCCCGCUCAUUACCAUACGACUCAAUUGUCAACGCUCUGCGCAUCCCCCGUGAAGAUGUGGAAAAAUGGGUCAUUGAUACCAUCCGCGCAGGGCUUGUGGAGGGCAAACUCAGCCAGCUGAAGGGUGAGUUCCUCGUGCACCGCGCGACCUACCGGGUAUUUGGCGAGAAGCAGUGGGCGGAGGUUCAGGGGCGGUUGAUGGUCUGGAGACGCAGUCUGGAGAACGUCCUGGACGUGGUUAGGACCGAGAAGGAAAAGUUUGUGCGGGAGGAGAUGGCUGCGGCGAGUGCGGCGGCUGCGGCUGCGGAGAGUGGCGCGCAGAGAGGUGGGGAGAGGAGAAGGGGAGGCGGUGGACAUCAUCAGAGACAGCACCAGCAGGAGCAGCCGAGGGAGGUUGAGCUAGUUGGUGGGGGGGAUUAGGCUUUGAUUUCCUCUAUUUUUUUUCCAUUUUCCAUUUUCCUCCUUUUAUCUGACUCGACGGUUUUCCUUUGUUGUACGGUACUUGCAUUCCCGUCUAAUUGCCUUUCCUUUCUAAUUCCAUUUCCGUUUUCUUUUUUUUUUUUUAUCUUUUUCUUCCCUUUCUUUGGGCUUGUUAUUACGGAUGAAAUGCUCCCCUGUUUUCCUUCAAUGCUGUUAUUCAAGAAAUGGUCCUUUUUCCCCUCCGCUUUCCGUAUGUUUCUACGCCACAUGAGAUCAAGAUUCUUUAAAACCUCCCCCCCCCGGGUUUCCCUUGUAUCUAUGUUUAAAAAAGAUUCCUACUACCCUGGCUGUCUUGUUUUUUGCUCGUUUUUAUUGUUCAUCUACUUCCCGGAGUGCGUGGGGUGGGUGGGGUGGGUAUUCCGUUUAUGAAGGCAAUUGACGAAACGAGGCCAAAAAGUAAAAACGAAAAUAGAUCUGAUUAUUGAUAAAAUAUUAUACAUGAAGGGUUCAAACCGGGAAAAGUGCAAAAUUAGGACGUUCGUCUAAAUUACCUCCUUAUGCCCCUUCUUUCCCUGCUUCGGCCUGUUUGAAAAGUUAUAUCCAUGUCUAAUCUUUACUGCACCCACCGUAAUUUACACAUGCAGCUACAUACAAUAAUAUCAAUACCGCAAGAGGGAGAUGGACUAGGACAGGAAGGACUGCGGUUUUCGAAGUAGGAAGACAAGACAAUGGCAGGACCUAACCAGAGCGGAU